AUGGUCCUUAACAGGUCAGUCUCGGGGCAAAAGCCGCCUGACGAUCCUGUCUCGGAACAGCGCCGAAGUGAGGAAGAUGUUUCUUUGGAAACAGGUGCAAGCGUGGAGGCCACAACCAACACGAAGGUCGCAGAACCCCCGUACACUAUCUUCGACCUGUGGAGACGCUACCUUUUGAUGUCAUUGCUUUCUCUCAUAGGUAUCUGGAGCGCCAUCUCCAACUCGAUUUACUUCCCAGCCAUACCAACCCUUGAGCGGGAGUUUGACGUCUCUUCAGAGGCUAUCAACCUCACUAUGGUGGCCUACCUUGUUCUUCAAGGGUUGGCGCCCACGCUAGUGUCGAACUUUGCAGAUACCUAUGGACGGAGACCCAUGGUGUUGAUAGCGUUUUGCGUGUACAUUGGUGCUAACAUCGGUCUAGCGGUUUGCAAUACCUACUGGUUACUUGUGUUCCUACGAUGCGUGCAAGCGGGGGGUAUAGCUCAAGUGAUUGCUAUAAAUUCAGGCAUUGCCGGCGAUGUUUGCGCUCCUGCCAACCGUGGGGCCUUUGUUGGUGUUGUGUCUGGGAUGCUCCUUGUGGGCCAGGCGUUUGGCUCUCUUAUAGGGUCGGCCUUGAUAGCUCGCUGGAACUGGCGAGCUGUUUUCGUGUUUCUAGCUAUCGGUGCUGGAGUCACCCUUUUAUUUAUUUUCGUGUUUCUUACUGAAACAUGCCGAAGCAUAGCUGGCAAUGGGUCGGUCAGACCAAAGAACCCCAUUCAUAUUGCGCCUGCUCUAUAUUUCCCCGGUUACAAAGAGCACAUGAAUAAUAAUCGUUGUACGAUUCGACCCCGUGUUAAACUAGAUUUCUUGGCUCCCUGGAGAAUUUUGAUCAGGGCUAAAGUGAUGGCAGUUCUUCUACCUGGCGGUCUCCAGUUCACAGCUUGGACAAUGUCCUUAACAUCCUUGUCCACAGCUCUAGAAAACGAUCCAUGGAACUACUCUGUGUUUCAUGUUGGUCUAAUGUACUUGCCCCAGGGCAUAUGCUGCCUUGUAGCGUCUUUACUUGCUGGAAGGAUGCUCAACUAUUACUAUGGCUGGCGUCGUGGAAAAUUCGAUAAAAAGUAUGAAGACUGCGAGAAGGAACAAAGGCCGCCUUUCAACAAAAUCAGGGUUCGUCUUGAUUUGGCAAUCAUACCCACCAUUUGUACCCUUUUGGGUCUUCUUCUCUUUGGCUGGACACUAGACAAGGAAACCAGCGUUGUUGGCGUGGUAAUAGGUACAUGCUUCACGUCCUUUGGAACUUCGUCAUUUAUUGCCAUUGUAACUACAAUGCUUGUUGACCUAUACCCUUCCCGGGGGCUGGCAUCCACCAGCUGUGUCAAUUUCGUUCGGUGUAUCCUAGCGGCUGCAUUCAUUGCAGCCUUGGAUCGCAUGGUGAAGUCGAUGGGUAUAGGCUGGGUAUACACAUUUAUGGCAGCUCUUUGUCUAGUUGCCAAUCUCUUAUUAAUUUAUGUUGUUGUGCAACAUCUGAAGCAUUUGAAAAGAAAUUUAUAG